AUGUACCAACGAGCACUGGUGGGCUCUACGAAGGCCCUCGGUCCCGAUCAUACGUCUACUCUUGAUACAGUCCACAACUUUGGGAUUCUCUACAGAAAUCAAGGGAAGCUUAAGUCGGCAGAGGAGAUGUACCAGCGAGCACUGGUAGGCAAGGAGAAGGCCCUCGGUCCCGACCAUACGUCUACUCUUGAUACGGUUCACAACCUUGGUAUUCUCUACUACGAUCAGGGGAGGCUAAAGGAGGCAGAGGAGAUGUACCAGCGAGCACUGGUGGGCUCUGAGAAGGCCCUCGGUCCCGAUCAUACGUCCACUCUCAAUAUAGUCCACGACUUUGGGAUUCUCUACUCUCAUCAAGGGAAGCUAAAGGAGGCAGAGGAGAUGUACCAACGAGCACUGGAAGGGUUUAAGAAGGCUCUAGGUCCAUAUCACAAUGGGACGCAACAGGUUAUGCAGAGAUUGAAUGCGUUAAGUAUUGUGAACUUGAAAUAG